UUCAGUUUGUAAACAUGAAUGAAAAUUGAUUCUUUCAGUCACAUGUUUGUGAAAUGAUGAUGAUGACAAUUAUCACGAAUCACGAAGAAAAUGUUGAACAAAAAUUCGAAAAAAGGACUGAGGGAAAAAAUUGUACAAUUUUACAUUGAUUUAAUUACGGGUGAAGAAUCAUCGAAUGAAAAUUUUUGGAAUGAAUUUUUUCUUCUCAAGGCAAAUGGAACAGCAUUAAAACAAGAAUUGGACAAAAUUGAAAACAUAAAUGAUGUGAAAAGAAUUGUAAACAUUUUAUUCGAAAAAAGUAUCGAAGCUAUUCAAAAUUCGAAUCAAUUGCGUAUUCUAAAUGGAUUGAUUACACUGUGUUCAAUUUCAUAUCAUGUUCUUUUUACGUUGAAAACGAAAAUUUCCAAUGAUGAUGCGAAUGGAAUAUCCUUGAUUCUCUGUGAUGAUGAUGAACAUUCCAAAAAAAUUCGUGAUGUAAGAUGUUGACGAAUGUUUGGGUCUAAUCUUAAUAUGCGUUGUUUUUUAAAGGAAUUCAUUGAGACUAUUUGUCUUUUGUUGUUCAAUGAUGAAAUUCAUUCCGGUAUCAAAAGUAUUUCAUUGAAAUUACUUGCAAUCUUAACGGCUAGUUUUAGUGAUAUAAAUUCAAAUCGAUUUCUGGAAAAUUUCAUGUCCAAUCAUCAGGUAUUCGAUGGUUUAAUUAAUUUAUUCAGUGCUUCCAUCGAUCAACAACAACAACAACAACGACAGCAACAGGAUGAAUUAUGGAUAUUAUUAUUGUUGACGAUAUUUUUAAAUUAUCAAAAACCAAAUACAAAUCCAUAUGUGAUGAAAUUAUCAAUCGUUGACAAUGAUAUUGUCUUGAAUAGAUAUUCCCGAACCAUUACAAAUCAUUUGAUGCAAUUUAUUGUGAAAUAUGAUCAAUUAACAAAUGAAAAUAAAAGUGGCCUGCUCUCAUCUAUUUCCAAUAUGGUUGGCACCAUAUUCGCAAAUGAAGAUAAUAAAAACAGUAGCAAUGGAAUUGUGAAUAAUGGAAUAACAAGUAAAAAGUUUCAUACAUUUCAUAUUGUCAAUCUUGUUUUACUUGCUCUAUAUGAAGCUGUUUCAUUGAACCGUAACUUUAUUUCCUUAUUAACGACUACUUUAACCGAAUUAUUAGAUGAUGGUGAUGAAAAUGAAUCCGGUAAUAAUUUCUUGGGAAUAGCGCCAUCAAAUUUAUUGGUAACAUUUUUAGAAUUCUCUUCGAUCAUCAUGUUAGGAAUGAAAGAUGGUGCCAACACUCAAACCGUACGGCUUUGUUUCAUAAUAUUGACUUGUAUCACAGAAGAUACUAGUGCCAAUUCCAUUAUACAUGAUAAUAAUAUGUCUUUUAUUGUAAAUUUACGGCGAAUGCCCAUGAGACAUAGAAAAGCAUCGAUGGAGAAAAACAGAAAUGUUUUACGUCCAAUUUGUCAUACAAUAUUGGAUCUGAUGAUUGAAUUUAUUCACACACAUCUUAAUCGCCAUGCAAAUCAUGAACAUUUUGGUUUUUGUCUUGGCAUUAUUCAAAGGAUUUUAUGCUUUCAAAAACGUUGUAAAGUUCGUAUCAAUUUUGAUUGGAAAGAAUUGUGGUCAUCAUUGAUUUUAUUGUUGAAAUUUCUACUGAAUAAUGAAGCAUAUUUUUUCAAACAACAACAACAACAACAACAAUCACAAAACAAAAUCAAUUUGUUCACCGUAAUGCAACAAACAAUCACCAUAUUCAAUAUGUUUAUACUUUAUGGUGAUAAUUUUCUUCAUAAUGUUCAUUGUUAUGAUGAACUUUAUUAUGAAAUAAUACGUAUGCAUGCUGUUUUUGAUAAUCUUAAUUUAUUUGCUUUACGGCACAUGACAAAACAAGAAAACACUAGCAUUGGCAAUACAAAUAACAAAUACAAAGAAGAAUCAAAUAAAUUGACUAAUAAUCUAAUCAAUAUAAAAGCAAUAAUUGCACAUUUGAAUAUGAAAUUGGAAUCAUAUUCACAGCAGAAUAAAAUGGUUACAUUAUCCGAACAGCAAGUAUUGGACAUUGUACGCAAUAAUUAUGAUACAUUGACAUUAAAAUUACAAGAAAAUCUUGAUUCAUAUGAAUCAUAUAAUUUUGCCAAAUCAAAUGAAAUUGAUUUUUUCAAUCAAAUUCUUCAUUCAAUAAUUGAAGAUUUUACCAUGAAAAAAUCAUUCAUUAUUCAUUCAGAUGAACAACAUAAUUUAAUUCAAGAAUUGCAAUUUUUACAAUUUCCUGCCAUUACUUUAUGUUCCAAUGACAACAAUGAUGUUGAACAAUCAUCACCUGGUAUCACCAAUUUUAUGAUUUCAAAUCAUCAAUUAUCAUCAUCAUCAUCAUCAUCAUUUGAAUAAGAUUAUUAUGUGCCAUUCUUUCAUUUCAAUCGAUCAUUUUCAUCCAUUCAGUUCAGAUGCACUGAUUUUAUUGAAACCAUAUAGCCACCAUAACAUCUGGUCAACAAUAUUAUGCCAUCAUUGAGAAUGUAUCGAGAAUUUAUAUUCACUGGCAAUGUUUCAAUUUAUAAUAAUGAUGAUGAUGAUUUCAAAGAAUCGACAACAACAACAACAACAAACAAACAAACAAAU